CGACGUCACGUGGCCCUGGAGCGCCGCCCUGUAGAGUCGAGGGGAAGUAACCCCCAAACAUACCGACGACAAGGGACACUACUUCAUCUGUGUCGCAGGAGGCAGACGAUCCUGUUUCCCGCUCUGUUUUUCGUAUAAACACGCGUGAGUGCGUGCGCUUGUGGGGGAAUCCACUGAAAAAGUUGAGUGGCGAGCUCUUUCAUUCGUGUGUGACCAAAGUGCAGGGCUGCGUGUCUAGCUUGCCGUGAAAGAGGUGUGUGAUUAACUGGCCCGACAAGUUUGUAAACUCCUUGCCUGACAUCGCAGAUCUUCAAGCGAUUCAUCGACUUCAUAAACAUUGCUUCGCUCUCCGUUAUGGAAUUAUCUUUAGCGACGGUCUGAAUCUGAUGCAAAAGUGACGCCAGGUAGCGACACACGGUCCAACUCUUGGCGGCAGGACUUUGCAGACGACAGCCAAACGAGUCAGGAAGACCAAGUAUAGAGCUAAGAGCAGGAAUAUGGGGGCUGCAGGAUGCUUCCUUCUCCUGCUGACAAUCAGUGAGCUUGGACUCAAUACCUUGGUGGUGUCGCAAAUAACAGAGCCAACUAGUGAUCAAUCUGGUAGCAUACAUUCAGGCACCUUCUAUGCCUUAGGGUUAAAGGAGAAAGAUGAGAUGUUCUUGGAGAAAUAUAUUAAUGCCACUCUAGCAGCUGCAAAUUUCAGUGGAACCAUUGAUCUGGAAUAUGUUAAACAAGAACAGUGUUUAAGUUUCCAUGUGCUGUUGACAAGUAGAAGAGAUGAUAAUAGUUCAAACCUAUUUAUGCUUCUGGAGGGAGUAAAUAUCAUUAUGGAUGGUGUCUCAAAUCCUGUCAACAUCACAACUGUUAGUCUGGACUGUAAAGGAACUUCAGUUGCUGUUAGACUGUUUAUACUGGGCCGAGUCAACAAAACAAACGAAGAGAUCUUGCAAAACUAUCUCUUGAGAAAAGUGGACUACAUGGGAGAGUGGAGCGUGGACUUCAGCAGUAUAGGAAACUGUACAAUGGCAUUUGUAAAUGGGACAGUCCUCAAAGUGCUGGUGGCUGUUGCCAAUUCAACACUGCAUAGUCUUAACGGAACUAAAGUCAACGUGACAGCCACAGCUUCCUACAACAUUACAAACAGCACUAACAACCCAAUGUGUUGGGAUGUGCCAUCAGAGCUUAAUGAAUGUCAAAGUGGGCAAAAGUUUUGCCCCUACCGGAAAAAAUGCAUCCUUCAAAGUUUCUUCUGUGAUGGGAAAGAUGACUGCGGCGAUAAUAGCGAUGAAGCCAAUUGUCUUGAAUAUGUUGGGCAACAGUGCAGCAAUUUCUCGUGCAUGAACGGUGGUUCCUGUAUGUUCAGACAAGGUCAAGGGCAAUUCUGUAUGUGUACGUCUGGAUUUUCUGGUUUGACCUGUAAAGACACAAAUAAAACCCAAGAAGUGUAUGCAGUGAACAUAACUGUGCAGUACAAGUGGCAGGCAGACUUCAUUGAUCCUAUGAGUAACAUGUACAAGAACUUGUCCAAUGGUAUCAUUGCUGGAGUGAAUUCAACAAUGUAUGGGGCCAUUCACUAUAUUUCCUCCAAUGUUCUCAAUAUAAGGGAUGGAGGUGAUAACAGCUUGGUUGUCACAGUGGCUGUCAACUUCUCAGGAGUGCUUGAUGCUGUGGAGAUAUCUGCUAGACAACAGAAGCUGCAGGAAAAGGGAUUUAGCAUAGGUGCUAAAACCAUCAAUGUGACCACCAUAAUACAGGCCAGACAAGGUCCAUGCCAGAUACGCUCCUGUGGCAAUGGACUGUGUGUUGUUGUGAUGGGACAAAGAUCAGAGUGCCGUUGCAUGCCUCAGCAAUCACCUGAAAACUGCGACUACAUGGACUGUGGGAUUAAUGUCUGCCGGAACGGCAUUUGUAUCAAUGACAGUUACUAUGGAGGAUAUGUAUGCAACUGCUCACAGUCCUUCUCUGGAAAUUCAUGUGAAGUCAAUGUGUGCAAAGAGCUUGGGGCGGGUGUUUGCAGUGGCCAUGGGAAGUGCAUAGGAAACUUCUUGUACGACAUUAUCUGCCAAUGUGAUGAGGGCUAUGGUGGAAUUUUCUGUAAUGAAACUGGCAAAGAUAAUCUGACAGACUGCCAGCGUCAGGAGAGGCUCAACACCUUUUUCCUGAAAGCUUUGAUGGGAAAAGUUACUGUCCUACCUGCUUUUCUAAAUGGAAAAACAUUACAGCAGCAGCUUUCAGACAUUCAGUACACCAACAUAGAGGUAUCCAGCUGCUGGAGCUCUGGAUCACUCCGCUAUGGCCAGUACAAAUCUGUUUGUGUGUACAAAACAGCCAAUAUUUCUGAAAGCCCAUUGUGCUACUGUACCAAUAGCAAUGGUUCCUUCAUCAGUAAUAAAUACUCUAAUGGCAGCUGCAAAGUCACAGAGAAGCCUGGCUGGUGUCCAUCACCACAAGACGCUGGCAGUGGAACCAUGGAGUGCUUUCAAGAUGUAGAUUGCUAUGGAAGCAGAAAAUGCUGCAAAGAGAGCACUGGCUACAGAUGUCAAGAACCAUUAUUUACUGAAGUAUGCCGCAGAUUUAUCGCAAACCCUUGCGGCCAGAAUGGUCAUUGUGUGGGGAACAUUUUUAAUGGCACCCUUUGCUUAUGUCAGCCAGGAUACUCUGGCAUUGCCUGUGAAAGUCCAACACCAGAUGUGCUGACAGAAUGCCAGCGGAGUUACCAGUUGAUGAACUACAUGGUGCAGACUCUACUUGGAAAAACUCCGGCACCAGAGUCCAUCAAUACAACUCUGGCAGCCAUGCUGAUAGGGCUAAACAUCAGCAAGCUGCAAGUGCCCACCUGCUGGCCCAGCAAUGACAUGAGCAGCGGCAACUACAAGUACAUCUGUGAUUUCAAUGUAACAAGCCUGACAACGGACGGGUGCAUGUGCACAAAUGAUUUGGGUGAACAGCGUGGCAUUAUGAAAAUGAAUGGUGAUUGUGAUAGCAAAUAUUUAGGGCAACAGUGCAGCAACUUCUCUUGCAUGAAUGGUGGUUCCUGUAUGUUCAGACAAGGCCAAGGGCAAUACUGUAUGUGUACGUCUGGAUUUUAUGGUUUGACUUGUGAAGAAACAAAUGCAAGUACAAAAUAUGUUGGGCAACAGUGCAGCAAUUUCUCUUGCAUGAACGGAGGUUCCUGUAUGUUCAGACAAGGCCAAGGGCAAUUCUGUAUGUGUACGUCUGGAUUUUAUGGUUUGACCUGUGAAGAAACAGAUACAAGUACAAAAUAUGUUGGGCAACAGUGCAGCAACUUCUCUUGCAUGAACGGUGGUUCCUGUAUGUUCAGACAAGGCCAAGGGCAAUUCUGUAUGUGUACGUCUGGAUUUUAUGGUUUGACCUGUGAAGAAACAGAUACAAGUACAACCUCUUCCAACAAGCCAGGAGUUUGUCCUGUGGUUCCACCCAACACAUUUGGCAUCACAGUGGAGAGCUGUAGUAAUGAUAAGGACUGCUCCCGAGCACAGAAAUGCUGCUCCAAUGGUGGAGGGCAUGUUUGUGUUGACCCUGUUCAUUAUUCCUACUUUACCAUGAGGAUUAACAUUUCCAGCCCAUGGCUUCCAGAAUACAAUAUUUCAGAGUCUCAGCCUAGAGCAGCACUGAUGAAAGAGCUACGAACUUUGGUGAUGGCAUAUCUCCCAGAGAUGAUCUCAAUGAACAUAACCAAUGUCAGACCUGGUAGCAUCAUUGCUGAUGUUCGGGUGACCACAAACGUCAGUGUCUCCAUCCUCAGCAUCUCAAAGCUGGAAUUAGGACUAAAUUUGUCUUCUAUUACGCUAAAUGGGAGUACCUAUCAAGUCACCAAUGCAACUUAUGUACCAGAUGACCAGUGUCAAACACUUAGCUGUGAAAGUGGGUGCAGGUGUAUUAACACAACCGCCAAAGGACUGCAAUGCCUCUGUCCAUCGAAGCUGUCACAAGAUCCAUGCCAACAAGGGGUGUGUCAGAAUGGUGGCAACUGUAGCAGUCACCUGACCACAGACUUCACCUGGAAUUACUUCUGCAGUUGUCCUGCUGGUGUCUAUGGCAAUAAUUGUGAAGAGUCUGCAUGCAGUCUUUUCCCAAUUAUGUGUGGAAUGGGGCGCUGUGUUGGUGAUCUUGAUAGAAAUUUGUGUGAGUGUCCAGCUGAUAGAAAGGGAAUCCUCUGUGAGGAGACAGGCUCAGAGAAACUGUCUAGCUGUCAAAGAAAACAACGCCUCAGCCAGUUUGCUCUCCAAAUUCUGAAGGGUGUGCCAGUCAUUGGCAUCACAGCAUACCAGCUACGCCAGCUGCUGUUGGCUGCAAAAAUACUUUGGCUGCCUUCAUACAGCUGUCAGACAGAUGGAACCUAUGGACUUACCGCCAACAUGACCAGUGUCACAAGUCUGCAGACGCGUUUUGCAUGCGUAGAUGAGGAUGGAAUUGAAGAUAACUGUGAGGCCAAAGUGUGCUCAGUGAUGACACAGUAUAAUAUUUGCCAGAGUGGCAGCCAGUGUGUUGGAAACAUUUAUAACCAGCUGUGUGAUUGUACUACUGCCCAGAAGCCUAGCCAUGGAGCCUUGUGUGAGUUGCCAGGGAAAGCAAAUGAAACAGAAUGUGAAAGAAGGCGUGGACUGGGAGAGCUUGUCGUGGCAGUUUUGCGCAGUCAGAUUUCUCUGGAAAUGAUUUCUGCUAAGUUCAUCUAUGAGAUUGUUCACAGCAUGCUGCGAGAGAUCCAUGUGAACACAGUAUGGCAGCCACAGUGCUUUCCCAAUGGCAGCUACACAAAUGCAGGCUGUCAGUUUCAGGUGGACAAGCCGGAUACAAAAGAAUGCUACUGUGUAGAUGAGAAUGAGCAACGGCGCAUGGACAUUCCAUCAAACUCGGAAAGUCCACCUCAGUGCCCACUUACUCAUAUAUGCCAUCUGCCAGUUGUGAAAGAAUCAUGCAGUUCUUCCAUGCCUCGAUUCUACUUUGAUACUGAGACAAAAUCUUGCAAAUCCUUUAGUUAUGGAGAGUGUGGUGGGAACAACAACAACUUCAAGACCUUGCAAGAAUGCUGCAGCACAUGUGGAAUUAAUGCCAGCCAAGCAUACAGUUACCAGCAGUUGCUGGCAUGUAAUGCCUCCAUAUGCAAGGAUUCUACAUGUUUCAAUAGUCCUUGUGCUGUAUACAUGCAAGACACAUGCACUGGAGAGACCUACAUAGCGGAUCGUCUUAACAAAAGCAGACGGUUUCAGCCUUCUAGCUGCAAUUCAAUUCUGCACACAUCUUGUGAGAUACAUACAUGUAAAGUAAUGACAGCCAAUGAGAAUGCUGACAAGAAAUUCCAGAAAGUUCUGCCAGUCUGCACUGAUGAUGGAACAUACAGCCCUAUCCAGCAACUUGACAACGGCACUCGGGUCUGCGUGGAUGCUUUUGGUGAGGCGGUCCAGCUGGUCCCACCCAGUGGCAAGUGCAAGAAGGACCAGAUUGUUGAGAUCAAGAUCAUUCUGCGUUAUGACGUAGACUAUGACAAAUACGCAGCAGGAAAAGAGAGUGAGGUGGAGAAGGCUUUAGUGGACCGCAUGGUGAGUUUCGGCAUUCCCCGCAGGAUGAUAAAAAAUGUGAAGGUCAAGCGUGGCAGUGUCAUCAUUGAAGCAGAUGUACAGAAUGACACCGAUGUUGAUAUUGCCAUAGUGAAGCCUCUAGUUGAGCAGAAAGCUGAAUCAGGAGGACUGAAUCUGGAAGUGAACAAUCAGACAUUCGCCCUCAUGUCUGAUGGAUUGACCUUUAAUGUCACCACAGCUCCACAAGUUCAAGAAGAGGAGAAGCCAGAAGAGAAACAUGGACUGACAACAGAAGAAAUUAUCAUUAUUGCAGUCAUCUGCCCGGUUGCUGGGCUAGCCCUCAUCAUCAUCAUCAUUAUUGUGGUUGUUUGCUGCUGCAGAAAACAAAAGCCUGCUGCCAAAGCUGAUAACGGCUGCUACAGCAAAAUGGAGACAAACACCCGUGGUGGAGCUUCAGUCAGCAAUAACACAUAUGAUAUGAUCAAUAUGAACUCAGCACAGAGGUUAUCUGGAGGUAUUGAGAACAAGGCAUACGAGGACGGAUAUGAUGAAUCUUCAGGAUAUGUUAAAGUCCGCAUGUGAUUGUUCUUCCUUUAUCUGAGUGAUGUAAAUAAAAAGGACAAGAACAAGCUGCUUACAUUUAGCAUUUUGUAAUCACAUUAUUCCCUCUUGUGUUGAAUGUGUAGUUGUGAUAUUAAUUUUCUUCAAAACUAACAUUUCACACAAUUUUAAGGCAUUUCCUAGUUCUUAUGGACGUGACCAGUGUUGUUGAGUAGGGAGGUAAACACGUAUUUCCAGAAACCUGAAGCUUGUUUUCCCUUGUAAAGGAAACGAAAAAUGGGGACUCAAGAUUUCUAUUUCUGUAAAUAAGACUUUAUCUCAUCAACACUGGUCAAAAAGAUCUGUUGUGCAGAUACUCAAUUUGCAAACUGUGCAAAUACAUGUUCUCAUGUGGUCUGAUAAAGUUACAUAUCAUAUUUACACAAUGUUUUUGACACUGACAUUCCUUUUUAGCAAUAAAUUAAGAAGCCAUCAUGUCACUUUAAAAAAAUGUUUCCAAGUGGAUUGAGAACACUUGCAUAUGAAAAGGUGUAUGUCUUUGAUAUUUUCUUUAUAAAAUCUAGAGUUUAAGAAAAGGCAUGGUAGCCUAAUUUAGGGGAUAUAGUGAGUAUUCUGUUUUUUGUACAUGACUUUUUUUCCCUGGGAUGGGACAAUAGUAAAUUGAAACAUAUCUUGUGCGGGUGGCUAUAAUAGCUUCUUUGUAUGAUUAGGAUAAGAUAUAUCAUUAAACCUUGUUUGAAAAUUGUAGCUAGGUUAUUAGAGGUUCACAUGAUUUCAUAUCUUUGUGUUACCUUUUUUCUAAAUGCUAUAAGGAAUGAGUACAGGACAUCAUGAUAAAAAUGGAGAAAACCAGCAGAUGCGAGUAGGAUAAUGGUGGGUGAGAGAGUGGCUGGUGGCAGACAAACACUACUGUACGUAGUCAUUUGGUGGAACAAAAAAAGAAAACUGCAGGACAGAAUUCCUAGGAUGCAAUACACUUUACAUGUUUAAGUUCAGGUAGACAAUGUCUUAUUUCAGGUGUUUUUUUUUAAAUAGGAAAUUUUUGUAAAAUCUUUCUUGUUGUGAUCUUGUAAAGAUAAUGUUUUCAUAGACAGUUUGUUGUUGAUUGUAUAUUUCAAAAUGAAGCAGCCAAGAUUUGGAGAAGUGAUUUAAAGUGAUGCUGUUUUGAGACUGGUUUUAUUUCUUCAACAUGUGUUUUACUGUGUUUAAUUUUAAAUAAAAUAAAUGACAGGUUGUAUAUAUCAAAAUCUUUUCGUAUCAAGGAUCUUAAAACGCAAUAUUUACAUGUACUUAAUCUGUUGUAAAUCCUUUUAUAACAAUAUGUUUAUUUAAUUCAUUAAAUUUAUUUUGUAUGAUUGUAAACUAUCCAUAUGAAGAACAACAUAAAUCUUGUCUUACUUGGUUACAAAGUUCUUUGGCCAUCAGCUUUAAUUGUUGCCUGUCAAAACAUUAUUAAAAAAUUGAAGCGGAACACCAGUAAACAUGUUAUUUUAACCAGUUUCACUUGUGAAGCUAACAGCAGUUUGGCUUGGUUUUUUUUUUUUUCAUUUUUUGAUAUCUUUACAUGAUGCACUUGCAUGACCAGUUUAUUGAGCAUUUGCAGAUAUUAGGGCAUCAAGGUGGUGCAGUUGCAUGAACGACAGAAAUAGCAGGUGCAUAUUUCCAGAUAUUUUUAGAGGUCAUUUUGUAGCCAUUCCUGCGGUUGGCUCAGUGUUGUUGCCACUGGCAUCAUUAUGCAUCUUCAGUACUAAAUCCAUUGCAAUAAGAGCUUUUGAUUUUGUAAAACAUAGAAUUGCUUAGAAUUAACAUUCCAGAUUCUAGUUUUAAUUCAUAUCAUGAUCUUUUUACAUCUGUUUAUCAUAUGUAAAAUAUAGGUGAGAACCUAUUAGCUUUUAUAUUAUUUUAGUAUUUUUUUUUCCUUUUUAUGGUGAUGUACCUGCAUGAACUUAAUGUGAAGUGUAGUCUAGUUGCAAAUGAAAGUUAGUAUGUCUGUAUUUACAAAAUGUACAGGCCUGAUGUUUUAGUCUGUGUCACACAAAAACAUGUUCCUUUAAAUAGAAGCCACAAGCAUUCUACCCCUAUAUGCUGGUGGAACAUCGCCUCACAUUUUUGGAACAUCCACCCCUUCUUACCCGAAGAGGUUAUGUUGGACAGCAUGAAAAGUUCUUAAGCAGGGUUGUACGAGACUACAUAAUGUAAACAUACGAUUUGGGUUUUAUGUUGCACCUUUGUCAGUGUAAAUAUACAUAUCUUUGCACCAAAGUUACUCAGAUGUUUAAUUUUGUUUAAACAAGUAAAUGCGGCACUUGGAGUUGGUUCAAAUUCAAUUUGCACAUUAUUUUUUAUUUACAUGAAUGCAUCUUGUAAAGAAUCCAUUUAAAAGCAAUAUAAAUCUUCACCAAAAUAGUCCACGUUUUUAACCCUUACGAACUUUAUUAUAUUACUAAUAUAAUUGUUAUAGUGUCUCUGGAUCACAUCGUUUAAUAAAGAAAGCAAUUUCCUU